AUGUCUGCCGCCGCCGCGCCGUACAAGGCCCCCGCCGCCAAGGCGGAGGAGUCCCAACAACAGAUGCACCGCAUUCGCAUCACCCUCACCUCUCGCAACGUGAAGAACCUCGAAAAGGUGUGCGCGGAUUUGAUCCGUGGUGCCAAGGAUAAGCGUUUGAAGGUCAAGGGACCGGUUCGCAUGCCGACGAAGGUGCUCAAGCUCACGGUUCGCAAGUCUCCGUGCGGUGAGGGUACGAACACGUGGGAUCGAUUCCAAAUGCGCAUUCACAAGCGAUUGAUCGACUUGCACUCGCCGGCGGAUGUCGUGAAGCAAAUCACGUCCAUCUCCAUCGAACCGGGUGUUGAGAUCGAGGUGACGAUCCAAAACUAA